AAAAUCAUAUAAACAUGAAUUACGUUGAAAAUUUGCUAAUAUAUGUGAGAAAUCUUUCACCGUUUUAUGUCGUAAGUAUGGUGGUAUCGAUUCUUGUUGUAAUUCUCACGGCCUACCUUGGGUUGACGGGCUGUGUCGCAACGCUGGAUGAUUCCCAAAACGAAGAUGGUCAACAGAAGAGAGCAGAACCGAAGCAAAAUACUACCCAUAAAUCAAAGCCUCCAUCAGAGCCUAUUGACUCCAACACAUCCGAUGAUUCCGAUGGCGAUGCUAGCAACGACAGUGAUGAUGAAAGCUCGGACGAAAGAAGCAGGCGGUUGCACAUUGAAUCUCUGGGGCAGCUGAAAUCGGCCAAGCUGAAAUCGAUUGAAAGUAAACUCACCGAAGAGCAGCGUCAGGCGGAAAAGGAGAUCGAGCGGGCUCAGUUGGCUGCAAUUUUUGAGCUGCUCAAGAAACAAACCGAAAGCUCCAAUUUGAACGAAGAAGAUCUCAAGGAGCAGCUUAGUUUGUAUAGAUAAACCGAUUCCUCCGAAUGCACGUUUGCAUUAAAUGGACGUUUCGAUGUUCUAGUCAAUUCGUAAUAGUAAUAUGCGAAAAAUUCCGUUCUAUUCCGCUAAGUGUCGUAUGGAGUAGAUAAUAUUCUAGGGACCAUAAGUUCAUUAGUAUGAAACGUAAAAUCUUGAUCGAAAAACACGUUGAUCACGUCCAAAAUUUGUGAACAGCAUAAUAUUAUUUUAUCGAAACCAAUGUGUCAUAGCGUAGAUGUACUUGAUAAUAACGAAGAACAACACUAAAUGUGCAAUAAUACAAAAGGUUUUAUUUACAAAUUGUUGUUGCAAUCACGUAUCGAACGGUGUGCAUGCGUGCUAUUUAAUCAAUUUUGUAGUUGUAAGCGAUAUCAUAGUUGCUGAUAAGCAUCU